AUGCCCUCGGCUGUCCGCAGCCACUCGUCGUCCCGUCCCCCAGCGCCGGACCUUCCCCACAGGGCGCGCAGCACCACCAACAGGCCCCCGACAUCAUCAUCUCAAUCAUCGUCAUAUUCCCGCCAUCGCUCGCCCUCGAGAGCCCAGUCGUACGAUCGCCGUCCGCCGUCCAGCUACGCGGCCUUUGCAGAGAUUGCUCGCCGCGACUUUGAGAACAACCCCAGCAUCGCUGCUCGCCCGACGCCGCCGCCGCCGCCGCCGUAUCGCCGGGAAGCCUCGCGAGAACGUUCUCAGGAGCGCCCGCCCUCGUACCGCACUGACUCCGUGCGGGUGCCUGCUGCUGCUGGCCCUGCUCACCACCGCCGCUCCUCGUCGCGAUCCCACCGGAAUAGUCUCAGCAAUAACAACAAUAUGGUUGGGACCGCCGUCGACCCCAAGGCCGCCGCUGCUGCCGCCGCUGCUGCUGCUGCGCCCGAGCAGCCAGCUAUGCAGCCCAAGCGCCGCACCAUGAUCUCGACCCCGACCGGUCAAUGGGCGCUCGGCAAGACCAUUGGCGCUGGGAGCAUGGGCAAGGUGAAGAUUGCGAAGAAUAUAGAAACUGGCGAGCAGGUCGCCGUCAAGGUCAUCCCCAGGCAAUCCAGCGAUGACCAUCGCAGUGGGAGAGACGCAGAGCGGGCCGACCGCUCCAAGGAGAUUCGCACUGCGAGAGAGGCCGCGAUCGUAUCUCUCGUCGACCAUCCGUAUGUCUGCGGCAUGCGCGAUGUCGUGCGCACUCCCUACCACUGGUACAUGCUGUUUGAAUAUGUCAACGGCGGCCAGAUGCUCGACUACAUCAUCUCGCACGGGAAACUCAAGGAGAAGCAAGCAAGGAAGUUUGCUCGGCAGAUUGCGAGCGCCUUGGACUACUGCCACCGCAACAGCAUAGUCCACCGUGACCUGAAGAUCGAGAACAUCUUGAUCAGCAAAACAGGCGACAUUAAGAUUAUCGAUUUCGGCUUGAGCAACCUCUUUUCUCCAAGAAGCCAUCUGCGCACCUACUGUGGCAGUCUCUACUUUGCUGCCCCCGAGCUCCUCCAAGCAAGACCGUAUGCUGGCCCCGAAGUCGACGUGUGGAGCUUUGGCAUCGUCCUGUAUGUUCUCGUCUGCGGCAAGGUCCCCUUUGACGACCAGAGCAUGCCCAAUCUGCACGCCAAGAUUAAAAAGGGCGUGGUGGAAUACCCUCAAGGCCUAACAGCUGAAUGCCGCCAUAUCAUCUCUCGGAUGCUGGUCACCGAUCCCAAACAACGAGCAAGCCUGGCUGAAAUUAUGAAUCACCCGUGGAUGACAAAAGGAUUCAACGGCGCCCCGGAGAACUAUCUCCCAACACGUGAACCCCUCCAAUUACCACUGGAUGCCGAGGUGGUAGAGAAAAUGACCGGUUUCGACUUUGGCCCCCCGGAAUACAUCACAGCACAACUAACAAAGACUCUGGAGUCGGAAGAGUACCAAUACGCCCUCAAGACUUUCACUCGGGAACAGGCUAUUCCCAACAUUUCCGGUGACAAGAAACGCGGCGGCGUCUUCGAUUUCUACCGGAGGCGGAACUCUGCGAGCAGGGACACCCUUUCGAAUCCGUCUGUUGAGGCUGUUCAGCUUGGAAACGACCCAUUGAAUGCAUAUAGUCCUCUCGUCUCAGUCUACUUCUUGGUCAAGGAGAAGCUUGACCGGGAGAGGACUGCCAAAUCCCCUGGAGCACUUUCUAUUCCAUCGGAUGUGAUGUUAAAGAUGCCUGAUUUACCGCCCCCCGAAGCCGCAUACACAAAUCAAUACGAUGUUCCAGGAACCAGAGAUACCAGUGCCAGGAAUCGUCCGCGCGCAAGAACUCAUGGUGAUGGCGAAAUUGCAGAUGGUUUGAAUAAGAUGCACCUUGGCGCAUCUACCGGUGCUGCUACCCCCAGUCUUGCAGUGCCGCAACAAGAUGCUCCGGCCAGAAAAGAGAGCACUGCUGCCGGUAUCUUGAGACGCUUUAGCACUCGAAGAGUCAAGGAUCGGGGACGUGAUCCCAAUGAACGAGAGAAGGUCACUUCGCCUCAUAUGCCCAGCCUUAACGUACAGCCUCCUACCGAGUCGAUUUCGACACCACAUCGCGGCUUUAGUCUGAGAAGGCCUCGACGCGCGGAGCCAUCGCCAACCACGAUCCAUACCUCGGAUAGUCAACCACAACAUCAAGAUCUCCUACGAGCCCCAGCAUCAGCCGGUCAUGGAUCACAGUCUAGCAAAUUCUUGGAGAGAUCUACCAGCGUCAACUCUGCAGAUUAUCGAUCCCGUCGGUUGGCUCGGAAGCAUGCUCCUGAAGUUGACGGAGCCGCCAUCAACGAGACGCCUCUCACCAGCGGCUCGGAUCAUUUGGCACCCGAUGCACAGAAAUCCAAACUCGGUGAUUCCGCCGCAGCACACGAGGCUAAGCCAGGAAGCCGAACCUCGACCACACGAACCAAGUCCCUUGGGCACGCACGACGUGAGAGCAUCCAAGCCCGCAGAGCGCGCCGGGAGGAGGUACGAGAAGCAACUGUUCCAGAGGAUGGCGACGACGUUGAUUUGUCUGGCAAUGGGACUGCGCUGGAAAAUGCAAACACAGGUGAAGACUUUGCCAAGCCCGUCUACCUCAAGGGCCUGUUUAGCGUUUCGACGACCAGCAGCAAGCCGCUUACGUUCAUUCGUGCCGACAUCAUCCGUGUCCUGAAACAACUGAAUGUCGAAUACACGGAAAUCAAAGGUGGAUUUAGCUGCCGACAUGCACCUAGUAUCGACCUUGAUCGCAUCCAUGAUGCUAGACCAUCGAGCCCGGAGAGACAGGGUCAAAUCACCAAUAACAAACGAAGAAUCAGUUUCGGUGGAUUACGUGGGACAGAGGAAGCAAGAGAAGACUCGAAAGCUACCCAUUCAUCGCGUUUUGCUCGCCGCAACCAAGGUCCACCGGACCGUAGCUUUGUUACCAACUCGGAAGACUCGGACGAGUACGUGCCACAACGCGAAAACAACAACGCAACGGUGGGUGAGCGAGUCGUGGGGGAGACUACCACGCGUGUCCAGAGCGAUACUGGGGAGAACCUGGUUUUACGGUUCGAGAUUGUCAUUGUCAAGUUCCCACUGCUCUCUUUGCAUGGUCUGCAGUUUAAGAAAGUGUCUGGUGGUAUGUGGCAGUAUCGUGAGAUGGCCAAGAGGAUUCUAGAUGCCUUGAGACUUUAA